AUGUGCAAUGUGUCAGUGAGUGAUAACAUCAUUACAAUCCCACAGCCUGCUCUUCUAGUGCCUGCUGGGCCUGCUGAUCUGUGUCAGUGUGUUCUCUGUGUGUGUGUGUGGGCUGGGCUGCCUGCUGUCACAGCGUUUUAUCUCCCCCCCCCCAUUGCCUGGAGAAUUCCAGCCUGGGAUCUGUCAGUGUGGAUCCAUCAUCCUCCACUCACUGCAACUCUGACCCUGCCACUGCCAGCCACAGAUACUGUUCAUCCGUGACACUGAUUUUGUCUUUACUAUUGGUGCUGGUGGCAUUUUAUGGCAC